GAGCAUCGAUCAGUGGUGGUGGUAGUACGAGUAGUAGUAGAGGCAGCACAGUGUGGUUUGGCUGCCACUGUGUCCGUCCUCCCCUCCUUUGCUUUUUUCUUUCCUUCCCCCUUCUCUCGUCUCUCUCGUAGAGAGCCAUUUGCAGUCUUGCGGAGUGCGUGAGAAGGACUAAAGGGGAGAGAGACUGAGAGACCCGUGCUAGCUUUGCAGCGGAAGGGGGAGAGAAGAGGGAAGAUAAAGGCGAUGCUGAAGAGGAUGGUUUCGGACCAGGGCUGCCCGGGCUCCUCCUCUGCCGCGGCGGCCGGCGGCGGCGGCGACAGGCCCCGCGUGGGCGCCGGCGCCGGCGGGGCGCUGUUCGCGGUGCCGCGGCUGCUGGUGGGGCUGGCCGCGAAGCAGCGCGCGGCGGACGGCGGCGGCGAGUCGGAGCGGAGCCCGACGUCGCCGCUGGACCCCAAGGCGCUGCUGCUCCGGUCGCCGCGCUCGCCGCGGGCAUGGGACUCGGAGCCCGUGGGCCUGGGCCUCGUCGUGGACGCCAACGCCAGCAGCGGCCCGAACCCGCUGCUCAGCCCGCGGCUGCGCCUCAAGUCGCACUGCUCCUCCUCCUCCGCGCCCAAGGGCUGCGGCGGCGGGGGACACUCGCAGCCGGAGCUGGGGAAGACGACGACCAUCUCUUGCCCCGCCGGCAUGUCGGUGCCCUGCAGCAGGUUCUUCCGCGGGGAUCUGAAGUCUGGUCCAGAAACCGCCGCCGCUGGCGCUCACUCCUCCAACGGCAAGCGCCAUAGCUUCGACCUCGGCAAGCUCCCGGGCCCCGGGCCGCUCUCGCUGCCGGCGCCGACGAUCGCCGGCGGCGGGCCGCGGCGGUUCGUGGCGUCGGUGUCGGCGAGCGAGGUCGAGCAGUCGGAGGACUACACCUGCAUCAUCGCCCGCGGGCCCAACCCCAAGACCACCCACAUCUUCGGGGACUGCAUCCUCGAGCCCCAGGCGGUUGCCAAGAGCGGCGUCGCCAUGGAAGUGGAGCAAGGAGCCGCCAAGUAUUCUUCGUACCUGGUGGUCAAGUGCGCGGCCGCCGAGGACGGCGCCCCUGCUGCCGCCGAGGACUUCCUGAGCUCCUGCUUCGCUUGCAGGAAGAAGCUCGAAGGCAAUGACAUCUACAUUUACCGAGGUGAGAAAGCAUUCUGCAGUGCCAGCUGCCGGGACCAACAGAUCCUGAUCGACGAGGAAGCCGAGAACAACACCACCACCAUCGGCUCCCCUGGCUCAUCCUGCUCGUCGAUGCAGGAGGACAUCUUCUUCAUGGCCGGCAUGAUCGUCGCGACAUGACCCUUCCCCGCGGCGACGAUGGCCGGACCGGGACACCAUUUUUCGUCGAUCGAUCGAACUUGCUGUUAUUUGAUUCAGCGAGUGAAAAGAAGAAGCAGGAGAAACGCCGGUGUUCUUGGUGGGUCAUCGUCACCGUAAUUAGGCUCCGGAUGAGCAGGUGCUGCCAUUUUUUUACCAGUCCCGGGCUCUCAAACUCGCAGGGAUCUGGGCUUCUUUAGCAAGAACAAAAAAGAAAGAGAGGAGGAGGUCGCCUGCCUGCUUGCCUUUAGUCCAUGUAGUUUUGAUCCUGAGGCUGCUGGCCAGUGCCACCCAUCCUUUUUUCUUCUUCAUCUUCUUCUUUCUUUUCUUCUUCUUUGGCAGCAGUGACCAUGUCUGCACAUUUGCUACACCGCUCUGUGUGUGUGAGAGAUAAUGACAUUGAGCUGCUUUGGGUCA